CUGCUCGUUGCGCUUCUAUUCUCACGCCCUAUGGCUCCGCAAGCCAAGUCUGCUCCCGCCAAGAAGAACAGGCGGAAAACCGCAGCAGGUCCUGCGACCCCCAUCGUGAGGUCUGUCAAGCCUCGAAAGAGCGCGCGACUGCAAAACGAUUCAACACCCUCCACACGUCCUGCACCCAUCUCUCAGCCAGCUUGCGCUAGACGGAAGCGUUCGCGAGACCCUGAAGCUGAAGCCGACGAUCGAGAAGGCGUGUGUCCUGAAGCUGAAGCCGAUCCAAGCGUGCACCCUGCAAAACGGCCCCGAAGUCUUCCCUCCCCCCAACUCCAGCUCUCUGAGACCAACCUGCGAAGAUUCAACGGCGAAGAGAUGCACAUCACUCCGGCUUCACGCAUCAAACGGUCCUCUUCACAACGUUCCACAUCAUCAGACGUAACCCAGGAUACAGCCCGAUCCCAACGCUCCUCUGGCACCACCGCCUACUACCGCUUCGCCCAUCUUGCGACCGCCCAGGUCUACAUCCACACCGAUUCUGCUGAGGAUAUCCAAGAGGCCAUCGACGCUGUUUUCAAAGCCGAACCCUCCGAGGAACGCCGGGAUCAACUCAAAGCUAUAUCUCAAGUGCUCCACAACGGCUGCACCAAGGCAGCCAGGGCUGCGGUUGGCGAAGAUGACUUUGUUCACCUAUUCUUCGCUGCCCUCAAGGCUAUGAGCUCCGAAAAGCUCUGUCUCCGUGAAAAAGCCGACUGGCAGGAGGUGCUUAAGCCAAGGAUCCAGCGGUCGCAUUUCAAUUUGGAUUUCCUGGCAGGUUUUGACUUCAUGGCCGGUUACCAGCAACAAGAGGUUGACGCCACCGCUACACCGCGGAAACGCCACCAGGAGUCUGCUGGCCAGACGUACAUCUCCCCCCGAUCCUCAAUGGCCAACGCAUUCGACCCUAUGCCAGCCAAGGAACCAGGCACAAUGCCUCCCCCCGCCCCACCCUCUGUCCUAGAGGCAGAUCGCUCCCCGAUCAAAACACCCCGUCCCGAUAUUUCAAUAGGCACAGAAGUUACAGCUCUCACGUCUGCUCUCUCGUCGCAAGAUACCAACAGCUCCGAGGCCUGGCUAUUUCUCACCCAGCUCCAAAAUAUGAUGGUGCAUCGUGAGUCAGGCGGGCCGCAAGAACCGGUGCUGAUCUCAGUACCCGCCCCACGCGCGUCAGAUCUCGCCUUCCCAUUUGCUGUUGUUGAGGGCAAGGCCUACUCGACCGGAAAACAGGUGUUCGAAGCAGAGAACCAAGCUGCGGUUGCUGGGGCUUGUGGACUGAAGAUGCAGCUUUGUCUGGAUGAGCUGGUGGAGCGCGCAGCGCCCACACCCACAAGUGAUGUUCUACCCGCACCAAAGAACCAACCCGCACUCUUCUUCUCUAUCUGCACCCAAGGCCCAAUCCACGAGCUUUGGGUCCACUGGACCAACGUUGAAGGUGGUAUGCGCAAGUUCCACAUGAAGCUUUUAAAAAUUUGUCACGGGGUGUUGCUGGAGGGCGUGGAGGACUUUAUUGUUGCUGUAGAUAAUAUGUUGCGUUGGGGUACAGGGCAGUUUCUGGAAUCAGUGGUGGAGCGUCUGGGCAGGGUGGCAAGGAACACAAGGGCAGAAGCUUAGUGUAUUCGCAGGUGAAUCGAACAGUCAUCUUUCUGCAUUUCUUCAUCUACUUGGCAAGGUGCAAUCGUGAUACAAGUGUGGGAUGUUCAGCAACUCGAGUGCAUAACUCGCUCGUGUCAAUUUACGUACAAACAUCAAGACUCCUUUGCAAUCACAAACCAUUACUCAGCGUCGAUCUACUUCUCUUCAAUCUCCUCUUCCCCGUCCAUCUCCUUCCCGUCAAUCACAU